GUCGGCAGAUACUUGGAGCGCCCGCCACCAUGGCUAUGAACGCACGGUCGAUCACUCUCGGCAUCGACCUGGGCACCACGUCUGUGAAGGCGGCCCUGCUGGAGGCCGCGCCAGGCGAACCCUCCAGGUUCGUGGUACUGGCUAGCUGUGCCCGAGCUGCGCGGGCGGAGGCGGUGACCCAGAGCGCAGCGGCCGGGCCCCAGGGACAGGAGCAGGAUGUGAGUAGAACCAUCCAAGCCCUACAUGAGUGCCUUGCUGCCCUGCCCCGACAGCAGCUCCGGGAAGUCAGGGCCAUUGGAGUGUCAGGCCAGAUGCAUGGAGUUGUGUUUUGGAAAACAGGCCAAGGCUGUGAAUGGACAGAGGGAGAGGCCACCCCUGUGUUCGAGCCCAGAGUCGUGAGCCACCUGGUCACAUGGCAGGAUGGCCGGUGUAGCAGCGAGUUCCUGGCUUCUCUGCCCCAGCCUGAGUCCCAUCUCAGCGUGGCCACUGGGUUUGGCUGUUCAACCAUCUUCUGGCUUUUGAAAAAUAGCCCAGAAUUCCUAAAAUCCUAUGAUGUGGCCGGCACCAUCCAGGACUAUGUGGUUGCCACGUUGUGUGGCUUGCCAAGACCCCUGAUGUCGGACCAGAACGCUGCUAGCUGGGGAUACUUCAACACCCAGAGCCAGAGCUGGAACUUGGAGACACUGAAGGCCUCAGGCUUUCCCGUCCACCUGCUCCCGGACAUCGCAGAGCCUGGCAGUGUGGCAGGCAGGACUUCCCAUGCGUGGUUUGAAAUCCCGAAGGGGACAGAGGUGGGAGUGGCGCUGGGUGAUUUACAGGCUUCCGUCUAUUCCUGCAUGGCGCAAAGGACAGAUGCAGUUCUCAAUAUCAGCACCUCAGUUCAGCUGGCAGCCUCCAUGCCUUCAGGAUUCCAGCCGGUGCAGACUCCAGACCCCUUGGCUCCAGUCGCCUACUUCCCGUACUUUGACAGGACCUACCUGGGGGUGGCAGCAUCCCUCAAUGGGGGCAAUGUGUUGGCCACAUUUGUCCACAUGCUGAUUCAGUGGAUGGCAGAUCUAGGCCUGGAAGUUGAAGAAUCCACGGUGUAUUCCCACAUGAUCCAGGCAGCCGCACAGCAGGAAGACACCUGCCUAACCAUCACCCCAACAGUGUUGGGAGAGAGGCACCUGCCGGACCAGCUGGCCUCAGUGACCAGAAUCUCCUCCUCUGGCCUCUCCCUGGGGCACGUGACCCGGGCCCUGUGUCGAGGCAUCGUCCAGAACCUGCACUCAAUGCUUUCGUUCCAGCAGCUCAAAGAGUGGGGCGUGGAGCGGGUGAUUGGGAGUGGGAGUGCGCUGUCCAGGAAUGAGGUGCUGAAGCAGGAAGUGCAGAGGGCUUUCCCUUUCCCGUGGUCCUUUGGGCAGGAUGUGGACGCAGCAGUCGGGGCAGCUCUGGUCAUGCUCCGGAGGAACCUCAACCAGAAGGAGGCUUAAUCAGCAAACUCUUUGUCCAAAGGGCUGCUUUGAAUUUUAUCCAAUUAGCAUUCCCGAUGUGAUCUUGAAGUAAUCCAUUUCCUGGACUGCUCUGCAGGCAGCUUUGAAGCAAUGCUUGCUGGUGGCGACCAUCUUGGCUAGAACUUAUCUUUGGGUCACACUCUAGUGACGCAAUCAGGAGUCCCCAACCAGAUCCCAGAUCAGUGCCUUCCAAAAGACACCCACCUGGAAGCUAGUUACAUAUGUAAAUGUAGAAAAAAGAAAGGGGAAAAGCACUAGCUGAGCUUCCUGGCCGUCAGGCUCCUCUCUGAUUUACUUGUAGACAAAGAGAAAAUAAACGUGGACUUCAGACACCCAAAAGCCUGGGGUUCUGGGCUCCAAGUAAGAAGAUUCACCAUGUGUCCAGCUUUCAGAUUGACUGGUUUUCAGGACAUAAAGCCCCGACUUGGGUCACAUUCUCUGCUGGAAAAGUCUUUCCCUACUGAGUUGUACCAAAAGAAAACAAACCAAAGCCACUGCCAUCAAGUCAAUUCCAACUCAUAGCAACCCUA